UCCUCUCCUCUCCGCUUCAUUCACACGCAGGGAGCCGCCGGAGAGAGAGCACCGCCACUCCGUGACCAGCGUGGAAAUGUCCCCAAGUUUUGGAAUUUAAAAAACCAUGGCGAGGAUAUCAAGCCUGCGGAUCACUUGAAUCUGGCUCCCACCUUAUGCCUCUGUGGAUGAUGUUCCCGAUGACUGCUCACAACGCUGAGAACAGGACAGUGGAUCAAUAGGAGUUUUGUUUCUCAUCCCUGAUCCUUCUCUCUCUCCCCCUCAAACUGUCCUCUUUAAUUCCUUGACAGUAGAACACAAAAGAAAAAAAUCCUGACUUGGGACUUGGUACCAGAGCUUGUACUCCUCCUCCUCCUCCUCUCUGUCUCCUUCCCCAUCCCCCUAAACCUUGCCUCUGGACAGCCCAGAUAUGUGUCCCCUAGCUCGGUCAGCGACUUCCCCUGGCCGGGGGAACAUGUUUCUCCUAUUGGGGAUUUUACUCAUCAUGAGCUCAUCCUUCUCCGGAGGCCAACCCUCACCCUUCAAACGAUUCGCCCCCAUUGAAUGUGGGCUCACACAUCUGGCCAUCCACAACAAAACUGGAGAAGUGUAUGUGGGAGCAGUCAACUGGAUUUUCAAGCUGUCUAGCAAUCUGACCAAACUGCGGAGCCACAUGACUGGUCCAGUGGUGGACAAUGAGAAGUGCUACCCUCCACCCAGCGUCCAGUCCUGUCCUCAUGACCUGGCCCAGACUCCUAAUGUGAACAAGCUGCUUCUUAUAGACUACGCACAGAACCGCCUCAUUGCCUGUGGCAGCACCUCACAAGGCAUCUGCCAGUUCCUGCGACUGGACGACCUCUUUAAGCUCGGCGAGCCCCACCACCGCAAGGAGCACUACCUCUCCAGUGUGGCAGAGUCAGGUACCAUGUCAGGAGUCAUCAUAAGCUCCUCCCAAAGUCCUACCAGUAAGCUGUUCAUUGGAACCCCUAUUGAUGGCAAGUCUGAGUACUUUCCCACCUUGUCCAGCCGCAAACUUAUGGAAAAUGAAGAAAACGCUGACAUGUUCAGCUUCGUCUAUCAGGAUGAGUUUGUCUCCUCACAGUUAAAGAUUCCGUCGGACACUCUGUCCAAGUUCCCUGCUUUCGAUAUCUAUUAUGUCUACAGCUUCAGCAGUGAGCAAUUUGUUUAUUACCUGACAAUGCAGCUGGAUACUCAACUGACUUCCCCUGAUGCCAGCGGAGAGCAGUUCUUCACCUCCAAAAUUGUGCGACUCUGCGUGGAUGACCCAAAGUUUUACUCCUAUGUUGAGUUCCCCAUUGGGUGCACGAAGGAUGGAGUGGAGUACCGUCUGGUACAGGAUGCCUUCUUGGCCCGCCCAGGUCGUCAGCUCGCCAACUCUCUGGGGAUCUCUGAGAAUGAAGACAUCCUCUUCACUGUAUUCUCUCAGGGUCAAAAGAAUCGGGCCAAACCACCCAAAGAGUCAGCAUUGUGCCUGUUCACCCUGAGGAGGAUAAAGGAGAAGAUCAAAGAAAGAAUUCAGUCCUGCUACAGGGGAGAUGGGAAGCUGUCCUUACCCUGGCUGCUCAACAAGGAGCUCGCCUGCAUCAACUCGCCACUGCAGAUCGACGACAACUUCUGUGGCCAGGACUUCAACCAACCUUUGGGGGGGACCAGCACCAUUGAAGGCAUCCCACUCUUCAUUGACAAGGAUGAUGGCAUGACUUCAGUGGCGGCGUAUGACUACCGCGGCCACACUGUGGCGUUUGUCGGCACACGCAACGGCAAACUGAAGAAGAUCUUGGUGAAUUCUGUGAGUCCCAACCGUCCAGCGGUGCUCUACGAGAAGGUGACUGUAAGCGAGGGAGGGAGUCCCUUACUGAGAGACAUGCUGUUCAGCCCUGACCAGCAGCACAUCUACACUCUUACCGACAGACAGGUGGUGCGAGUUCCAGUGGAGAGCUGCGAGCAAUACACCACUUGUGGGGAGUGUUUAGGCUCCAGAGAUCCUCACUGUGGAUGGUGUGUUCUCCACAAUGUAUGUUCACGUAAGGACCGCUGUGAACGAGCAGGAGAGCCACAGAGGUUUGCCUCUGACCAAAGGCAGUGUGUGGAGCUGACUGUUCAGCCAAGAAAUAUUUCUGUCACCAUGUCUGAAGUCCAGCUGGUCCUCCAGGCUCGUAAUGUGCCCGAUCUGUCAGCUGGGGUCAACUGCUCCUUCGAGGACUAUGUGGAGACGGAGGGACGGAUACAGGGUGGACACAUCUUUUGCAUGUCUCCUUCCAUCCGGGACAUCGCCCCGAUCACUAUGAACAAAGGUGACAAGCGGGUGGUGAAACUUUACCUCAAGUCCAAAGAGACGGGCAAGAAGUUUGCCAGCGUCGACUUUGUCUUCUACAACUGCAGCGUCCAUCAGUCCUGCCUUUCCUGUGUAAAUGGCUCAUUUCCUUGCCAUUGGUGCAAGUACCGCCACAUGUGCACCCAGAAUGCCAACGACUGCUCUUUCCAGGAGGGACGUGUCAACAUCUCCGAGGACUGCCCACAGAUUCUGCCUUCAACCCAGAUAUACAUCCCAGUCGGGGUGACCAAGCCGAUAACUUUAGCAGCCAAGAACCUGCCACAGCCACAGUCCGGACAGAAGAACUAUGAGUGCGUCUUCCACAUCCAGGGGGAAACCCACAGUGUACCAGCUCUGCGCUUCAACAGCACCUCCAUCCAGUGCCAGAAAACAGCGUAUACUUAUGAGGGCAAUGACAUCAGCGACCUGCCAGUCGACCUGUCUGUAGUUUGGAACGGAAACUUUGUCAUCGACAACCCCUACAACAUUAAAGCUCACCUAUAUAAAUGCUAUGCGCUGAGGGACAGCUGUGGGAUGUGUCUGAAGGCAAACCCCAGGUUUGAGUGCGGCUGGUGCGUUGGAGAAAAGAAGUGCUCCCUGAGACUGGAGUGUACUCCCCCAGAGAGUACGUGGAUGCAUGCCACUACUGGAAACAGCCGCUGUGCACACCCCAAGAUCACCAAGCUGUAUCCAGAGACAGGGCCCAGACAGGGAGGGACCAUGCUGACCAUCACUGGUGAGAACCUGGGUCUGCAGUUCAAAGACAUCCAGAAUGGAGUCCGCAUCGGCAAGGUGACAUGCAACCCUCAGGAGGACCAAUACAUCAGUGCUGAACAGAUUGUGUGUCGGCUGAAUGAUGCAACAGGUUACAGAGUGCAGGAGGCUCAGGUAGAAGUGUGUGUCAGGGACUGCAUUCACCCCGACUACAAGGCGAUCUCAACCAAGGCCUUCACAUUUGUGACUCCAUAUUUUACCCGUGUCCAUCCGUCUACUGGACCUCUGUCUGGAGGAACAAGGAUCACCAUUGAAGGCAGCCACCUGAAUGCAGGCAGCGCUGUUUCUGUGAAGAUCGGACUUCACCCCUGCCGCUUCGAGAGGCGGAGCAGCAAGGAGAUCGUGUGUGUGACCCCAGCUGGCCAGGCCUCAGGACCCACCCCAGUUAUGGUGGACAUCAACUCUGCUGAGCUGAGGAACCCAGAGGUCAGAUUCAACUACACUGACGAUCCCACAAUACUCAAGAUUGAGCCUGACUGGAGUAUCGCCAGUGGAGGAACCAUGCUGACCAUUACUGGAACCAAUCUGGCCACCAUCAAGGAGCCUAAAAUGAGAGCCAAGUAUGGAGCUGCCAAGUCUGAAAAUAACUGUACCGUUCUCAACAACACUGUGAUGGUGUGUCUGGCGCCCUCCGUGGCUGGAUCUGACAAAGGCUUCUCAGAGGUGGGCAGCAGUCCUGAUGAGAUUGGCUUUGUCAUGGACGACGUGCGCUCUGUGCUGGUCGUAAACGAGACUUUCAGCUACCACCCGGACCCCGUGUUUGAACCUCUGAGCCCCACGGGCACGCUGGAGCUGAAGCCCAGCUCACCACUCAUACUCAAGGGCCGUAACCUAAUUCCUACAGCCCCAGGAAACUCUAAGCUGAACUACACGGUGCUGAUCGGGGAGACGCCCUGUGUUCUCACCCUGUCUGAGACCCAGCUGCUAUGUGAAUGGCCUAACCUGACCGGAGAACACAAAGUCACUGUGCGUGUUGGAGGCUUUGAAUAUUCACCAGGAACACUGCAGAUCUACUCAGACAGCCUUCUCACCCUGCCUGCCAUCAUUGGCAUUGGAGGAGGUGGCGGCCUGCUCCUGCUGGUCAUAAUUGUGGUGCUGAUCGCUUAUAAGAGGAAGUCACGGGAUGCCGAUCGCACCCUCAAACGGUUGCAGCUGCAGAUGGACAACCUGGAGUCCAGGGUGGCCCUCGAGUGCAAGGAAGCCUUUGCAGAGCUGCAGACCGACAUCCAUGAACUCACUCAGGAGUUGGAUGGCGCAGGAAUCCCCUUCCUGGACUACCGCACCUACGCCAUGAGGGUCCUCUUUCCUGGGAUUGAGGACCAUCCUGUGCUCAAGGAGAUGGAGGUACGGGUCCCCGCCAACGUGGAGAAGGCCCUGACAUUGUUCGGCCAGCUGCUGACCAAAAAGCACUUCUUGCUGACCUUCAUUCGGACACUGGAGGCUCAGCGGUCCUUUUCCAUGCGAGACCGGGGCAACGUGGCCUCCCUCAUCAUGACAGCACUGCAGGGGGAGAUGGAGUACGCCACAGGCGUCCUCAAACAGCUCCUGUCUGACCUCAUCGACAAAAACCUGGAGAGCAAGAACCACCCGAAGCUCUUACUCAGGAGGACGGAGUCUGUCGCUGAGAAGAUGCUCACCAACUGGUUCACCUUCCUGCUUUACAAGUUCCUCAAGGAAUGUGCUGGCGAGCCUCUCUUCAUGCUGUACUGUGCCAUGAAGCAGCAAAUGGAAAAGGGACCGAUAGAUGCGAUCACAGGAGAAGCCCGCUACUCUCUCAGCGAGGAUAAACUCAUCAGACAGCAAAUUGACUACAAGACUUUGACGCUGCACUGUGUGAACCCAGAGAAUGAAAAUGCUCCGGAGGUUACAGUGAAGAGUCUGAACUGUGACACGGUGACGCAGGUGAAGGAGAAGCUGCUGGAUGCUGUGUACAAGGGCACACCGUACUCCCAGAGACCAAAGGCCUCAGAUAUGGACCUGGAAUGGCGACAGGGCAGGAUGGCUCGCAUCAUCCUGCAGGACGAGGAUGUCACCACUAAGAUCGACAAUGACUGGAAGAGACUCAACACUCUGGCUCACUACCAGGUGACAGAUGGUUCGGUGAUUGCCCUGGUGCCUAAACAGAACUCAGCCUACAACAUCUCCAACUCCUCCACAUUCACCAAGUCCCUCAGCAGAUACGGUACGAGAGAAGAGAGCAUGCUGAGGACGGCCAGCAGUCCAGACAGCUUGCGCUCCCGAACGCCCAUGAUCACCCCUGACCUGGAGAGCGGCACCAAACUGUGGCAUCUGGUGAAGAACCACGACCACUCAGACCAGAGGGAGGGCGACAGAGGGAGCAAAAUGGUCUCAGAGAUCUACCUGACCAGACUGCUGGCCACAAAGGGGACACUCCAGAAGUUUGUGGAUGACCUGUUUGAGACCAUCUUCAGCACAGCGCACCGAGGCAGCGCCCUGCCUCUCGCCAUCAAGUACAUGUUUGAUUUCUUGGAUGAGCAGGCGGAUAAACACUCCAUAUCAGACUCUGAUGUACGGCACACUUGGAAGAGCAACUGCCUUCCACUGAGGUUCUGGGUGAAUGUGAUCAAGAACCCACAGUUCGUCUUUGACAUCCACAAGAACAGCAUUACAGACGCCUGCUUGUCUGUGGUGGCUCAGACCUUCAUGGACUCGUGUUCGACAUCAGAGCAUAAACUGGGGAAGGACUCCCCUUCAAACAAGCUGCUGUACGCUAAAGACAUCCCCAACUACAAGAACUGGGUAGAAAGGUACUACUCUGACAUCUCCAGGAUGCCGGCCAUUAGCGACCAAGACAUGAGUGCCUACCUAGCGGAGCAGUCGCGCCUCCACGCCAACCAGUUCAACAGCAUGUCGGCCCUACACGAGAUCUACUCCUACAUCGUCAAGUACAAGGAUGAGAUCUUGUCAGCUUUGGAGCGGGACGAGCAGGCCCGGAGACAGAGACUGAGGAGCAAGUUGGAGCAGGUCAUCGACACAAUGGCUCUGACCAGCUGAGGACCAUCCAGCGCCUCCUUCUCCUCCUUCUACUCACUCCUCCUCUCCAUCUGUCUCUCUCCCUCGCUCCUCUCACCCAGACAACAAACAAAACUCCAACCCCCAACAAUACGACAGACGAACUGCAAAACGGACCGAAGCAGUAUACUGCAACAUGGGGGGGGGGGUUCGGCAGAGAUGGGCGGGCCUGUGUACGCUUACAUGUGUCUGUGUGUGUUUGUGUGCAGCCCCAUACGGUGUGUGUGUGUGUGUGUGGGCACGAGUCUGUGUGAGAGACUGAGACGCCGGACAUUUCCACACACGCAUACAUGGAGAACACGUCGACUGACAGCAUUUGAUUAUUGUGGAUGUUGGUGUUUGUGGUUUGCUUGAUUUUGAUUUCUGGAGUUCUGUGGUGACGACGCGAUGGUCAGGAAAGAAACAACGGAAGCCCAGAAAGGAACUCCGUGAACGGCAUCAGUAGCAGAACGGACCAAUCUGUGACGAGUCGAUGGAGAGAGGCUCUGUGUGUCAUGUGACUCCAACAGCUGUCACAGUUUUAAAGGACGUUAGAUGAUUUUUUUGUGUGUAAAUGUAAUCAACUGCCCACUCUCUGAUCUCUCGCCACUUGUAUUACUGCUGAAUUUGCACAAUUUACAGAAACGUUACAAAGCAAGACUAUAUAGAUAUUAUAUAUAAAUACAGCUACGUUUUUAAAGAAAGAUUAGGGAGAAAACAUUUUUGUUGUUUUCUUUUUCAUUUCAAACCAACAAAUACAAUAAAAACAAAACAAUAAAACAUGAUUGAUUUGAUAUUUCAAGUACAAAAGAAAAAAAACACAACGUAGACAAAAAAAACAACGAAAAAGAAACAAAAAAGUCGUACUGUGCCAUGUUUUCUUUGAAUGUUGUUUAGUGCAAAGACAUUUUGUUAGAUGGAAUGUGCUACCGUAUGAUUUUAAAUAUGAACAUGCCUAGUGACUGAAAAGAAUUGUUUGAGUAAUGACCCAUCAUGAGAUCCUUGUUUAAAAGUGGCGGGAAGCGAGAUGACACAAAGUCGUCCAUCUUCUCGAGAGUUCAUGGUGUCGCGAUGAUAACAUGAAGUUGCUGUCGUUUCUUCUUCAAUCAGUGCAAUCUGUUGGUUCCAGAAAGCCAGACAUCUACUCUCAGCAUUGUUGCUUUGUCAUGGCCACGUUAGUGUCUGGUUCUUUUCUUCAGGGCUCAAGAAGUGACGGUUCAGCCCAUCGUGGUUUAGUGACUGAACAAUGAAGUAGCUACAUUGCACUACCUGAGAUAUUCCCGUUUGCCCCGAUAUCACGUAGCCACCAUAUCCAACCGCUGAGAAUCCACAGGUUUGCGUUAGCCGUCGUUUGAGGGCUCAUUUGUUUUCUAACACGGUCCUGCAAGAGCAAAACCAAAGUCUUGGUGCUCUCAGGCUCCAUUUGAAGUCUUUUCAGGAGCCGCCGUGAGGUCAGGUAGAGUUGAGCUGAAACCCUCACUGGUGAAGCAGAGUCAGAAAAGCUGUUUCCAGCCUAAAGCCACAUUUAUAUUUCCAUUUUCUCAAUGUUAAUACCCAUAUAGAGGCGACAAGGAAAAGAGAUUCUGAGUGUUUUUCUCCACCUCUGACCUAUAUAUAUGAGACAUGGGUUUUAGCUUUUUAUCCAUGAGGAGGGUAUAGAAAGAUGCAGAGGUGAGACUCCUCUGUUCAUUACCUACACAAGGCUGAGUAAUCCUCUCCUUAGCCUGCAGCUCUUGUUUCAAAACUAGCCUACUGCCAUGUGUGGCUUAAGCUUUUUAUAUUACUGCUCUCUUAAGAGGAUUUCUUUGUUUCUCUUUUUUGAAGUCUUGAAGUCAUGGUUUUUGACUUUGUGGUGAGAAUUUUUUUUCUGCUUGCCGAAAACCAAACUGUGGUCUGUAUAAUGUUUUUUUGUUGUUGAUGUUUCAUUUGUAAAUUGUAUACUUUUUAUCAUGAUGAACACAAGCUGUUUGCCAUUUUUUGUAAUCAGGUUCUUUUUGUUUGUUUGUUUGUUUUAGUCUUUUUAUUUUCAACAUGUAAAUUGUACAUUUUACGGUACACAGAAGACAAAAUUCUCUUCAGGCUGCCUGAAGUUGAAGUACUUGACCGAACUCAAGGUUUAUUUUCCUGAUCUCAAGGAUCAAAAUGAAAUUGUCGAAUCAGAUGAGCAUCUGUGUCGUGAUGGAAAUGUGACUUGCUGCUUUAACUCUUGUACCUUGUUUUUUCUAUCAAACAUUAGGGCUGUCAUUUUAUGCUGAUCAUAAAUGCUGUCGCUGUCCAACCCACCACUUUGUUUACUGUACAUGUUGGAGAUGUGGAUCUGCAGCUACAUCCACAUCAACCUACUCCAGUUAUCCUUAAUGGGACUUGGCAGUUCAUGCUGUACCUGCCAAAAACAGUCUUAAGGGACCACUGCCCAAGUUAGGAUACAAGUUUCUCCUUUUCAGCUCACCACGUUGGCUACACAAACAUUACGUAAUUUCUGUUAGAGGAAGAAACAAGUACAGUGAACCCUUCACCAAAAAUCCACUUAGUCCAUUAAACUUUUUUUUUUUUUCUGACUUCUUGCUGCAUUCGUACAUGUUGGUGCUCUUACUGUACAGGUCAUAUGGCGAGGAAAAAAGAAAAGCUGACUGUGGUGGUUCAGUGUUAACAGCAGUUCUGUGACUGAUCUGUAUGAGUACAACGUACAGCAGGGACACAUCAGCUCCCUGCCUCAGCACACAGACCAAAACCAACUGAGGCUGCAGUGUCCAGCUGGUGAUCUGUCAGGCUUUUUCAAGACACUUAAACAUUCUCAAUCCAUUCUCAGGUUCAUGCUCCAUUUGUGUCGUAUUCUGGCUGUAGUUUGGUUCAUUAAAUGACUGCUGAGGGAGUCCAGCUUGUUUACCGUUUGCAUGGCUGCUUGCCUUUCAGAUUGACCUGCUUUGCAAGUCCAGACAUAUUUUUUAGAGAAACUUCCCGGCUGCCCCUUUCUGUAAUCCAUUUUGCACCGUUCAGGCUGACAGUUGACUUGUUUAUUGUUACUGAGGUGGUUUAAAGAAUGUCCAUUUUCUGAGUGUCAUCUAGAGCAGCCAGCAUCAGCUGCUGACUUCCAACUUGUCACAAGAACAACAUGCUGACUGUAGUUUGACUGAAUUGCUGGGUAUUAUGCUGUUUUUCAGUCACAUCAGAACAAAUCAGCAAGUCGAAUUUACUGCUCUGCCUUCAGUGGGAGUGGAUUCAGCACAUAGUCCUUUUUCAUUCUCAGCUCAAUCAUUUUUGCCUUUUCCAAACCAUUGUUGAAUCAAACCAUGUCCUGGCAUCAUUCUGUUUUCAGUAGUUUUUUUUCCCUACUUUCCUCUCAUUCUGGAAAAUUCAACAGCUGUUCUGUUUUUUUUUUCAAAAUGGAAGUUGCAUAGGAUCCAUGGAAACAAAGCGAGUGGAUUUCAGAUAGAGUUGGCAAAAGAAUUUUAAUACUACAAUAACUCUGAUACAUUUUUAGAGUUUCAGACUUGAAGCGACUGUCACGAGUUUGCAGGUUAACAUUCAUUGUGUAAAUAUUCUGUUAUUUCCUAUUUUGCAGAUUUACUACUUGUAAAUAAACACGCAUCAAGGAGAGAUUAAACAUUUUUUGCUAAAUAA